AUGACUUCUCUAAAGGCCUUCACCCGGCAAUGGCGCCAGACCAAGGACUACCCCGUAGUGUUCUCUUGUCCCGGGAAUACGCCUCCUCGCCGACUCUUCACCGGCACGCCAUCGCCCAGAGCAGACAGAAGCCUCUCAAAUGUCGCCGAUGAGAGUUUCUACCCAUCGCCUGUACAAAGGAUCAGGGAGACUGAAUAUCCGCACAUGAAGAAGGGAAUCUACCUCGAUCAUGGUGGCACCACCAUCUACGCUAGAACUCUCAUAGAAUCCUUCGCAAACCACAUGCUCUCCAACCUGUACGGCAACCCUCACAGUGCUAACGCUCCCGCCGAGCUCUCUGGGCACGUGGUCGACAGUGUGAGACAAAAGGUAUUAGACUUCUUCGGGGCCGACCCGAGACACUUCGACCUCGUCUUCACAGCCAACGCCACGGCGGGCAUCAAGCUCGUGGCGGACUGUUUCAGGGACCUGGCGGAGCGGACGCGCGACGGCAGCUUCUGGUACGGCUACCACAAGGACUCGCACACCAGCCUCGUCGGCGUGCGCGAGCUGGCCUACGGGCACUCCCACUGCUUCGAGAGCGACGGCGAGGUCGAGGACUGGCUGCGCCGGCCCGGCUCUGUUCCCUCGGGCAACAACCGCAACACCCGCCUCCGCCACCUGUCUCGGCGCGGCGGCCUCGGCCUUUUGGCGUACCCGGGCCAGUCCAACAUGACCGGGCGGCGGCUGCCGCUCUCCUGGCCUGGGGCGGUCAGGUCGUCCCCGGACCUGACUAAUACCUAUAGCCUCCUCGACUGUGCUGCCCUCGCCAUGACCAGCCCCUUGGAUGCUGUCUUCAGGAACGUGGAGACUGCACCUGACUUCACCUGCGUUUCCCUGUACAAGAUCUUCGGCUUUCCUGACCUUGGCGCCCUGAUAGUCAGGAAGGAUUCUGGCCACAUCCUGACACUCCGGAAAUACUUUGGCGGCGGCACAGUAACCAUGGUCUCCGUGCUGGGCGGGUCAUGGCACAAGACCAAGGGCCUCGACUCCACGGCCGUCGAGUCCCACGACGGCACCGCCGCCAACAACAACAACAAAGGCCCUUCUUACGAGAUACACGACAGCCUCGAGGACGGGACGCUCCCCUUCCACAGCAUCCUGGCCCUGGGUCAGGCCAUCGACGUCCACUCCCGGAUCUACGGAUCGAUGGGCAACAUAUCGCGCUACACGACGUCCCUCUCCAAGAUAUUAUACAACGAGCUGAGGCGCCUCCGCCACGCAAACGGCCGCCCGGCCUGCCACAUCUACACGGACGACGACGGCCAGGGCUACGGCGACCCGCAGAGGCAGGGCGCAACCAUAGCCUUUAACAUGAUGGACGCGGAUGGUGUCUAUAUCCCGUAUUCUGACGUGGAGAAGAUAGCCAACGAUAAUGGUGUGUAUGUGAGAUCAGGCGGAAUCUGCUGCCCAGGAGGGCUCUACACCGCGCUUGACUACGAACCGUGGGAGCUCCAGAGGGCCUUCUCGGCCCAUCACGUAUGUGGGCCGGACGGCAUCAGCUUGAUCCACCAGCUCCCUACCGGAGUCGUAAGGGCUAGCCUCGGUGCUAUGAGCACGCACGAAGAUAUAAGCAGAUUCGUGUCUUUCCUGCAAGAGACAUUUGUACGCCAGGGAGCGUCUGGACAUCAUAGGAUCCCAGGAAGAGCUGAGCAAUAUAGCGAGGAUAUGGACUAUGGUAUAAGCAGUCCCGCUUUAGCGACGGCCGGGACGGCUUAG